AUGGACAACAUCGCCAGACAGUCUGUGAGACUUUGUCCGUUUAUGAACAAGACUGCGUCGUCUUUGAGAAAUGUCAAGAGUCUCCAGCAGUCGAGCGUGUCAAGCAUGGCACAGCAAUGUCCAUUUAUGGGUCAAGCCAUGCAAAAGGCGCAUUUGGCCACGGCAGCAGCAGCUCCACGUGGAGCAAGCGUCACGGGCGCUGGGAGCGCAGUUUCCAGCGAAGGAACAACCCAGGACGUGUUGAUGGCGGACCACGCGACGCAGGAGUUGAAAUUCGACUACGAAGGGCUUUUCGAGCACGAAGUGCGCAAGAAACGGCUCGACAAGUCGUACCGCUUCUUCAACAACAUCAACCGGUUGGCCAAGGAGUUCCCCAUGGCACAUCGCCAAGAAGAGCACGACAAAGUCACUGUGUGGUGCUCGAACGAUUAUUUGGCACUUUCCAAGAACCAGCAGAUCGUAGAAGUGAUGAAAAAGACUUUGGACAAAUAUGGUGCGGGCGCAGGCGGUACCCGGAACAUCGCCGGCCACAACCAGCACGCUUUGAGACUGGAGGCCGAGGUUGCGGCGCUCCACAAAAAAGAAGGUGCUCUGGUGUUUUCGUCGUGCUUUGUGGCCAACGACGCGGUCAUUUCGCUGUUGGGUCAGAAAUUGAAAGAUCUGGUUAUCUUCUCGGAUGAACUGAACCACGCCUCAAUGAUCAUAGGUAUCAAGCAUGCCUCCACCACCAAACACAUCUUCAAACACAACGACCUGAACCAUUUGGAAGAAUUACUCGCCAGCUACCCAAGAUCGACCCCCAAGCUCAUUGCGUUCGAGUCGGUGUACUCUAUGUCUGGAUCUGUUGCUGACAUUGGCAAAAUAUGUGACUUGGCCGAGAAAUACGGUGCUUUGACGUUUUUGGACGAGGUUCACGCAGUCGGGCUAUACGGUCCUCACGGUGCAGGUGUUGCAGAGCACUGCGAUUUUGAAGCUCAUCGUGCGGCCGGUAUUGCGUCCCCCAAUCAUACCACAGUUAUGGACCGUGUUGACAUGAUCACCGGCACUCUUGGCAAAUCCUUCGGUGCCGUUGGAGGUUACGUGGCCGGUUCGCAACGACUCAUCGACUGGAUUAGAUCCUACGCUCCUGGCUUCAUUUUCACCACCUCUCUGCCUCCUGCAGUGAUGGCUGGAGCGGCCGAGGCCAUCAGGUACCAGCGUUCUCAUUUGGAACUGAGACAAGCGCAACAGAGACACACCGCUUACGUCAAACAGGGACUAGCUGACCUUGAAAUUCCAGUCAUUCCAAACCCAUCCCACAUUGUUCCGGUCCUGAUCGGAAACCCCGAUUUGGCCAGAAAAGCGUCUGAUAUCUUGAUGGAUAAGCAUCGAAUCUACGUGCAGGCCAUAAACUUCCCUACCGUGGCCAGAGGUACCGAAAGACUUCGUAUCACCCCGACACCGGGCCACACCGACGACUUGUCAGAUAUUCUUCUGGAUGCUGUUGAUGACGUAUUCAACACUCUACAAUUGCCCCGUGUCAGCGACUGGGAGAUGCAAGGUGGCUUGCUAGGAGUGGGCGACCCAGACUACCAAAGCGAGCCCAACUUGUGGACUCAAGAGCAGCUACAACUAUCGAACGACGACCUACAGCCAAGUGUCAGAGAGCCUAUUAUUGAUCAAUUGGAAGUUUCGUCCGGACUUCGCUAUUAA